CAUUGUACACGUCUAGAAGUCAUCUAGAAACGCUGUAAUGCGCCUGCGCAGACAAACCCGGAAGAAUAGCUGGAGAGAGACAGUACGGUGAGACGCAAAAACGAACCAAAACAGUUUUGUAUGUCUACAUUUUAUAGCAGCCAUGGCGUGCUGCCCUUCCUGCUCCAGCCUGUGCUCCUGCUCGUCAGUUUACACGCUGGUCUUGGGCAUGAGUUUUGUCACCCUGGGCACCAGUCGCAUCCUGCUACUUAAAUUCUCUGCUAAUGCUGAGAACAAAUAUGAUUUCCUCCCGGCAUCUGUCAACCUGCUGGCAGAGGCGUUGAAGCUGCUCUUUUGCCUUACAAUGUCAGCCAGGGUGUUCAUUCAAGAGGGGCGCUCAUACAGAGAGCUUCGCUGUUCCUCCGCCUCAUCCCUCCUCAGAUCCCUGAAGUGGGCGGUCCCUGCUUUCCUCUACUUCCUUGACAACCUUAUCAUCUUCUACGUUUUGACCUACCUGCAGCCUGCCAUGGCGGUCCUGUUCUCUAACUUUGUGAUCCUCACCACGGCUGUUCUCUUCAGGAUCGUUCUCAAGAGGCGUCUGUCCUGGGUGCAGUGGGCUGCGUUGGUCAUACUCUUCCUGUCCAUUGUCUCCUUGACAACAGGAUCGGGGUCCAGCCAGAAGUCCAUGUCCGUGCUGCGUGUCCACUCCAACCCCCUAUCCAUCCCAUCCAACUCCUGCCUGCUGUACACACAGCUGCUGGAACAGAUGAAGAACAGCAGUGCCAGUGGCUCGUGGGUCUCGACCCUGCCCGGCCAAGCGUGGAGAGACAGCCUGGUGGGAAAGCUGCGCUCCAUGGGCAUAGGCCACAUCCUGCUCCUCCUGCAGUGUUUCAUAUCGGCCAUGGCCAACAUCUACAACGAGAAGAUCCUCAAGGAAGGAGACCAGCUGACUGAGAGCAUCUUCAUCCAGAACAGCAAACUGUAUGUCUUCGGCGUGAUGUUUAAUGGUCUGACCCUCGUCACUGGACAAGAGGCUCGAGGCCUCACCGUCCACUGCGGCAUCCUUCAUGGUCAUAACAUCUUUUCUCUAGCUCUGGUGGUGGUAACUGCUGCCCUCGGUCUAUCUGUGGCCUUUAUUUUGAAGUUCCGAGACAACAUGUUCCACGUGCUGACGGGCCAGAUUACCACGGUUCUGGUCACCGCCCUCUCCCUCUUCCUCUUCGACUUCCGCCCCUCUCUGGACUUCUUCCUGCAGGCUCCCAUGGUCCUGCUGGCCAUCUUUAUCUACAAUGCCAGCCGGCCUCGGGACCUGGAGUACAGCCUUCAACAGGAAAAACUGCGGGUCAUCAACGGGGAGGUGUUAAAGAGGUCCAGAGGGGACGGCGAGGAGCUGGAGCUGCUGAAGGCCAGCACAGACAGCGAUUCCGAAGAGUCGUCUUUGUAGCCCACAGAAGUGUUCAAUUUUUUUUUUUUUUUUGUGGCUCACGCUGGAAAAGGUUGAGUUACGUCGUUGCUGUGAUGAACUCAUGACAGGUUUGUUUUUUUGAGUGGUCUGACCUCAGCAAGGAAAGGAAGUAAGUCUGCUGCUGUAUUCUGUUCCAUUUUGAAUCACAUGGGUGAUUUUUUUCAAAUGCUUUGCUAUUGUGAAUGGUUUGAAUAAUAAGCAUAAUAGUGCAUUUUGGGGAUAAACCAUAUUUGUGGAUAGUGACCAAUUCAUUUAGUCUCGCAAUUAUACACAAACUUUGAUGCCUUAAUGCUGGUGCCACAUUCCACACACUGGACGCCAGGUACCACAUGUAAGGGAUUCUUUUCAAAGCACAAUAAACUUGUCUCUUAGUGAUCUUUAUUGUUCUGUCACACUUAAGUAUUUAUUUGAGUAUUAUCUGUUGAAAAUGAGCUCUUUGUGUCUUAUGUGCUAGCUGGCAAAUUGUGCAAUAAACUGCAAGUAUUGUGCAUGUUUGGUAUUUGAAUGUGACAGGAGAAAGGGAAUACAAAGGACUAAACAUGAUUAUUAGAGCUGUCAAGAAUAGCGUGUUAACGGUGGUAACUUAUUUAUUUCAUUGAUUACAUUUAAAUUUUUACCACCAUUAAUGUAUGUACAUGAUUUCAAGCCACACCUCUCUGUUAUGACGGCAGGCGGAGCCACAAUAGCAUCCCCACACAGUCACACAGAGUCUGAAGCUCUAAUGACUUUAUUCUGACCUGAACACAUCAACAGCAGUGCAACUCCAACACCACAUAUGUAUCUCCCGCUCACAAACACGUCUGUAGUCAGAUGGGAACGACACUUCCUCAUCUCUACUAAACAGUGAGGUGCAUUCAGUGACACUCUGAAAAAUCACAACGUCUGCAUGGUGGAGAACAUGCAAAUUCCAAAACAUGGAAUGUUAGGUUAAUUGGCGACUCUAAAUUGUCCAAUGUCUAUAGCAACCAGUCCAGGGUGUACCCCGCCUGUCGCCCAAAGUCAGCUGGGAUAGGCUCCAGCAUACCGCCUAAUGAGGAGAAGCGGUAUAGAAAGUGGAUGGAAGGAAGUAUGCUCGGAAACCCCAGAAAACACACUCAAAACGUGAGUGGUGUCUUUGAAUGCAACCCUUCAUGGCUCAUAAUAACGAGAUUAAAGUGUGACUCUGCUAAUGUUAAGAAGACUAGCGUUAGGCAAAUACAUUUUCAGAUGUGUGGUAUCUUUUGCUUGAUUUCAAUUUUCAGUUCAUUUUGAGCUGUUAAUAUACUGCUCAAAAAAAUUAAAGGAACACUUGGAAAACACAUCAGAUCUAAACUGGG